UCAUUCCAUCCACAAGCUCAACUCAGGAACAUACAGCUUGUUAAGAACCUCCAUUGCACUUGCACAGCCAGCUCACGAACACGCCCUCACCAGUCACCAUUCUCUCUGCAUUGCCGACGACGUCCAUAUAUGGAUACGUCGUCCAGAUCCCUGAUAAUCCUGUGCACAGUCCUUGCAGCGUGCCUUAGGCUCGCCGCCGCUGGCUGGUCUCAGGGCACCGCGACGUUCUACGGCGAUGCCGACGGAUCCGGCACCAUGGGUGGCGCGUGCGGGUACGGCAACCUGUACAACGCCGGGUACGGCAUCAACAACGCGGCGCUGAGCCAGACGCUGUUCAACAACGGCGCGUCGUGCGGGCAGUGCUACCUGAUCACGUGCGACAGGUCACGGUCCGGCGGGCAGUGGUGCAAGCCGGGCAGCUCCAUCACGGUGUCGGCCACCAACCUGUGCCCGCCCAACUACGGGCUCCCCAACGGCGGGUGGUGCGGCCCGGGCCGCCCGCACUUCGACAUGUCGCAGCCGGCGUGGGAGCACAUCGGCGUCGUGCAGGCCGGCAUCAUCCCCGUCCUGUACCAGCAGGUCAGGUGCACCCGCACCGGCGGCGUGCGCUUCAGCAUCGCCGGCUCCCAGUAUUUCCUGCUCGUCAACAUCCAGAACGUCGGCGGCAGCGGCGCCGUGGGCGCCGCCUGGGUGAAGGGCGACAAGACCGGGUGGAUCCAGAUGUCCAGGAACUGGGGGGCUAACUGGCAGGCGCUGUCGGGACUCGUCGGCCAAGGGCUCAGCUUCGCCGUCACCACCACCGGCGGGCAGUACCUGCAGUUCAUGUACGUCGUGCCGGGGUGGUGGCAGUUCGGCAUGACCUUCGGCACCAACAGAAAUUUCGCCUACUAAAACAUGCUUCAGUUGUUCGCCAUUUCUUGCGGCUCGGUCGAACGUGGCGUGUGCGUGCUCGUGGUUUUGACAGAGCUAGCUGCACUUGUUGCCAUUGCAUCCUUGGUGGCCGCCUGAUGACUGGCUUCUUCCCUACGUGAUGCUCCGACUGCAGGAGGUGCGCGCCCAUGUAUAUUUCAAUUUUCGUCGUCUAUGUAUAUUUUUUUCCUUCUUACAGACGUUUGUUGUCCCAAUAAUUUCAUUUUUAAACAUUGUGUUUUUUUGAGUCUUAGAUUUAUUGAUAAGUGCAUUGUGUGUAAACCCUAUAUAUAAGUACAUUGUGUAAACAUUAUGUUAUUAUUUGGAGAUUUAUUGUUACUGAGUCAAAAAAUCAUUAUCACAGUAUUCCAAAAUA